ACUACUUCAUUAACGUUCAAGCGCAGUGUUCUGGAGAAACAUGAUCCAUUUGCGUCCCUCGCCCUCGCCAUCGAUUCUCCCGCUACAAAUACUUGCCCCUUCCCGUUCAUGAUGCUUCCCCUAUCCGUCCGCAACAAAGUCUACGAAUACCUCCUCGUUGUUCCUGGCAUUAUCUGCGUCCGCCAGAAGCACACUUCGUUUCACGACGAGAGGAGGGCCUUUUUGUAUGCUGAACAUCGCGAAUACCUUCCCGGUAUCGCUUAUGCGCUUGCUCAGCUCACUGUUGACGGGUACAAAAUCCGCUUCGCUUGCUUUGCAGCUACCAACAUCAACAUUCUUCGCGCGAGCAAGGAGAUCUAUGCCGAAGCCAAAACCGUCCUCUACGGCAAGAAUGCUUUCGAGAUUGUCAAACCUACAAACGAGAUGUCGCCGCCUCCAGACUUCAGUGUUCGCCUCUUCCCAUCUGGUUGCCAGCGACUUGUCACUAAGCUAAACAUCCGCCUUCGAUCCUUCUACGAUCUCCACUGGCUUCUUAGCGGCGGAUACAACGUCAUAAAAAAUCACUACCGCGGCCUUGACACACUCACGCUGAUCCUUGAGAUGGACGUAGCGAGCAAGGGCUUUGGCAAGGAGUGGUCGAGGAAGGAACAAGAGAACUGGAGAGUCUACGUUCAACGUCUUCAGGGCAACCUACGUAAAGACCUCUUCGGUGACACGAAGCUAGUGAAGGCCAAGCUGAUUCCGACGUGGAUCAACCUCCGUGUGCUCUUCGGCGGAGAAAGCUACGACGAGAAGUUCUAUACCCCGCCAAACAUCGCCAAUGCCCCUGACAGCGAGCUCGUUGAACAUACCAAGCGUGAUGAACUCAAGCGCGCUUUAGUCGAAGCUUGGGAACUGUUCAAAAAGGGCGGGAAGUAA